AUGGAAUCCGUGCGUUGUUUUGCGGCGCUCGUGGUGCUCCUGGCGGUGAGUCUGGAAUACGUCGCCAGCGAACAGGACCAGUAUUUUAGCUCCAACCAAACGUUGGCUCGGCGGAAAAGGUCACUCAUUUUCCACCCGGGUUCCAGAGGAUUCUUUCGUGCCAAUAUAAAGGAUGGCGUGGCGGACAACAGCACAAUCUGGGCGAACGGUAUCGGGUUCCGUAUGAACAUCGAGUUCUACAAUCCGCCUGGUCUGAAAAUUACUCGUCGAGAUGUGCAUCAAUCGCUGGAAAGCAUGAUCAUGGCUCACGGAUUCGAUGGACGCGCGUGCAUCUUGCGGACGUUCUGCGAACUCUCGAAGGCGAUGACACCGCGGAGUGGUAUCCUCUUCAAACUGCUGAAGCUGGUCUUCCGAUCGCAUGACUCGCCCGGCUCUGAUGACAGUUCCAUCGGUUCUUCAAACAGUUUGCCGGAGGGUGACGACAAGUAUUUUCCGUACCUGACGGCCGACGACUGCCAGGAGCUGGAUCGCCACUGUCCCAUCACCCAGCUCCAGAUGGACCGCGUACCCGUCGUCAGCGAGUCACCGGAAGUGGCCGACAACGGCGGCGCAUCACGUUCGCGGUACGAUUAA